AUGUGCUGCUUCUCUGCCACUGAUCUGUUGUUUGACCUGGACCUGCUGCUAACCCCCAUGAACCCAUGUGGCCACACUGCUGGGGAGCUGCACCUGUGCUGGGGCUGUGCCAGGCUGGGGACAUACACGGUCUGUCCCCCACUGCCUCUAGGCUGUGACCUACUUGGUCUCCUGUCAGUGAGAAGAAUGAUCUCUGUGUCGGAGGAGCUCAGCCUGGUGCACCAGCACCAGAAGCCGAAGGUACUGGGAGGCUGUGCUGAGCUGGUGGAUGAGGAGUGGGGGAAGAGCCAGGGGGCACAGCCCCACAUGAUCCAGCACUCCUUGGACACCUUCCCUGCCUGCCUGCUGCAGCUGCUGCAGACCUGGGGCCCUACCAAGGCUCCCACUGCCCAGGAGGGUCCCUGCCAACUCUUGGGCCACAUCUGACUCUCACACAUGGUAGAUCAUCCCCACAACCUCUUUGUGGAGAGCACAGUGGUGGCCUGGGCAUUCUACCUACACCUCACCACCCACGACAAGCACCAUUUCUAUGCCCACCUGAGCUUUGUCCUGGGUGAGCCAGUGCAGACCAUGGCCCUGUCAGUGACCAGUCCAUGCCUCUUUUUCAGUGCAAAUGGGUCUUCCACAAGCACAAGAUUGGUUGGCAAAAGGCAGCUAGAGUAUUUCCCCCUGCCAUUGCAGGAGGAG